CUCUGGGCGGUGCCGCUGAUCACCUGAGCCGGCGCUGAGGCGGCGAUGGCGGCGCCGAGCGGUCCCAGUUGUGCAGCCCAGGCUCCCCAGCAAGCACAGAGCCCAGGAUCCCUCAGCCUUUCUCUGCAGUGACCACAUGUGCCCCUGGGCAGGGCUGAAGAUGCCGCUGUUCUCCAGGAAGAAGAAACCCAGCGAAGAUGCUCGGAAACGCCUCGAGUACCAGAUGUGCCUGGCCAAAGAAGCUGGUGCUGAUGACACCCUUGACAUAUCCAGAUGUGAGCUCUCAGAGGUUCCUUAUGGGGUCUUUGCAACUUGCAAGGUCUUGCAAAAAAAGGUGCUGAUUAUUCAUACCAAUAAUCUGACAUCCUUAGUUCCAAAGUCCUGCAGCAUCCUGAGUCUUAUAACUGUGAAGGUUCUGGAUCUGCAUGACAACCAGCUGGCAUCACUUCCUGCUGAUAUUGGUCAGCUGACAGCUCUUCAGGUCCUAAACCUUGAAAGGAAUCUUUUAAAAAGCCUUCCACAAUCUAUAGGAGACCUUGCACAGCUCCAGGUCCUCAAUGUGAAAGGGAACCAGCUGAGGGCGCUGCCCGGGAGCGUGAGCGGCCUGCGGAGCCUGCGGGCUCUGGAUGUCAGCGGGAACGAGCUGCAGGAGCUGCCCCGGGGGCUGGCCCACGCCCGCAGCCUGCAGACUCUGACCCUGGAUGCCUCUGCCAUGACCUACCCACCCCCUGAGAUCUGCAGUGCAGGCACAGAGGCCAUCCAGCAGUUCCUGUGCACAGAGUGUGGAAUUGCAUACUCCCCUCCCUCACAGCACCUGCUCCCCACGCUGGAGAGCGAUGGAGGAGGAACUUCAGUGGAUGAGGUGGACAGGACAGUGGAGAAGUACCUGGAGGAGGAGAGUGAAUGGCAGAACAAAUUCUUGGAUUAUGAGAAGAGGAAGGAAAGAAAAACUCAGGAGAAGCUGGAGUUUGAGCAGCGCCUGAACGUGGGGCAGCGAGAGCAGGCCCUGCUGGUGCAGCAGCUCAACAGCCACAAGGAUGAGAUCCUGCAGACAGUGAGAGAGGAGCAGCAGAGGCUGGAGCAGGGGCUGUCGAGGCACCAGCGCUGUUUGGAGGAGGAGAGGCUGAAGCUGCUGCAGCAGCUGAAGGACACAGAGCAGGGCAUUGCCAGCCGGAUCCAGAAGCUGCUGGAGGACAACCAGAGGCAAAAACGAAGUUCAGACAUUUUGAAGUCCUUGGAGAAUGAGAGGAUCAGGAUGGAGCAGCUGAUGGCAAUAACCCAGGAGGAGACGGAGCAGCUGCGCAGGAGGGAAGUGGCCUCUGCCAUGCAGCAGAUGCUGGCUGAGACCUACAAGAACAAACUCCUCCAAACAACCUCGGAGUCUCGUCGGCAGGACCUCGUCAGCCAGGCCUGCUCCAGCCUGGCUGAGAUGGAUCAGAAGUUCCAGCAGAUCCUGGCUUGGCAGCAGCUGGAUCAGAGCAAAGCUGUCAGUGAGAUCUUGCAGCAGGUUGAGAUGCAGAAAACUGCCUUUGAAGCUCUCCAGGUGAAGAAGGAUCUUAUGCACAGGCAGAUCAGGAACCAGAUUAAAUUAAUAGAAACAGAGUUAUUGCAGCUGACACAGCUGGAGGUAAAGAGGCAAGAACUGGACACAGAGACACUGCAGGAGGCGGUCACGGAGCAGCGCCGGGCACUCGGCUGCCUCCUGCAGCAGCUGCUCAAGGAGAAGAAGCAAAGGGAGGAAGAACUGCAGCAAAUCCUGCUGGAAAUGGAGGCAAAGAGUGAAACCAAGCAGGAGAACUACUGGCUGAUCCAGUACCAGCGCCUGCUGAACCAGAAGCCCCUGUCCCUGAAGCUCCAGGAGAAGGGUUUGGAGCAGCAACUGGUGGCCCUGCUGCUGGAGCUCUCUGCUGAGCAGUACGUGCCCAUCUUCGCCCACCACCGAAUAUCCCUGGAGACGCUGGGCACCAUGAGUGCCAGUGACCUGGAGAAGCUCGGCGUGACAGAGGCUGGGCUGCAGCAUGCCAUCCUCAGGCGGGCUCGGGAGAUCCUGGCUGUGGCCACGACCAUCCCAGAGCUGCGGAGGGCAGAGGAGAGCGAGGCCCCUGCGGGCCCCGAGCCCAGCGCUCCCCCGGAGGAGCCCCCGGGCCCCGCGGCCCCCACGGCCCCGGCGCUGCCGGGGGACGAGCGGCAGUCGGAGUGCGUCGUGUGCAUGGAGCGGGAGCCCCAGAUGAUUUUCCUGCCCUGUGGCCACGUCUGCUGCUGCCAGGGCUGCUGCGAGCGGCUGCUCUCGUGUCCGCUGUGCCGCCAGGACAUCGCGCAGCGCGUCCGCAUCUUCCACAGCGCCUAGGCCGGCCCGGAGGCCCCGGCCCCGCUCGGGCUGUUCCCGCUGCCGCUCCUGUCCCUGGAACAGCCCGCGGCCGGCACUGCCC